CGGCUGUAGCAGGUGCGAUGUAGUGCGUUCCGGCCUCUUUGCUGCACCGAACACAACGGUGAUGGCGGGCAGGCGGUCUGGCUGGAGCCGGGCGGCUCUUCUCCAGCUUCUUCUUGGCGUGAACCUGAUGGUGAUGCCACCCACCCAGGCCCGGAGUCUGCGCUUCGUUACCUUGCUAUAUCGACAUGGAGACCGAUCCCCAGUGAAGACAUAUCCCAAGGACCCCCAUCAGGAAGAGGAGUGGCCCCAGGGGUUUGGUCAGCUAACCAAGGAAGGGAUGCUACAGCACUGGGAGCUGGGCCAGGCUCUGCGACAGCGAUACCAUGGCUUCCUAAAUGCCUCUUACCACAGGCAAGAGGUUUACGUGCGCAGCACAGACUUUGACCGCACGCUCAUGAGUGCAGAGGCCAACCUGGCUGGACUCUUCCCUCCUGAUGGGAUGCAGCGCUUCAAUCCUAACAUCUCCUGGCAGCCCAUCCCCGUGCACACUGUGCCCCUCAGUGAGGACAGGCUGCUGAAGUUCCCGCUGGGCCCAUGUCCCCGAUAUGAGCAGCUGCAGAAUGAGACCAGGCAGACAACAGAGUAUCAGAAUGAGAAUGCCCAGAAUGCACAAUUUCUGGCCAUGGUGGCCAACGAGACGGGGCUUACUGACCUGACCCUGGAGACCGUAUGGAAUGUGUAUGACACUCUUUUCUGCGAGCAAACCCAUGGGCUACUGCUGCCCCCCUGGGCCUCUCCCCAAACCAUGCAGCGCCUCAGCCACCUAAAGGACUUCAGCUUCCGCUUCCUCUUUGGCAUCCACGAGCAGGUGGCGAAGGCCAGACUUCAGGGGGGAGUCCUGCUGGCUCAGAUACGGAAGAAUCUGACCCUCAUGGCAACAACCUCCCAACUCCCUAAGCUGCUGGUCUACUCCGCGCACGACACUACCCUGGUUGCUCUGCAAAUGGCCCUGGAUGUCUACAGUGGUGCACAAGCCCCCUAUGCAUCCUGCCACAUAUUUGAACUGUACCAGGAAGAUAGUGGGAAUUUCUCAGUGGAGAUGUACUUCCGGAAUGAAAGUAAGAAGGCCCCUUGGCCCCUGCUCCUGCCUGGCUGCCCACACCGGUGCCCACUGCAGGACUUCCUUCGCCUCACAGAGCCUGUUGUACCCAAGGACUGGCAGCAGGAGUGCCAGCUGGCAAGCAGUACCGCAGACACAGACACGGCCUCAUCCCCGAGCUACACUUGUGUGCCUGGCUGCGGACUCAGAGCCUCACUGUGGACGUCCAUUGAGCACAAGCUGGCUCACAGGAAAUCCUCCAGAGGCUCUCCCAGCCAAUGCUGCAUCCAUCACUGAGCGGCGCAGCAAAGCCUGAGGCACUGUCUCACUCCUACACCAUGUCCGAGCCACCAGCAGGUCCUAUGAGCUUAGCCUUCCCUGGCACGUGCUUGCUCGCCUUCCUGGCCCAAGCCAGUCCUGCUCCUGAGUUGCUGCCGAGUCCCUUGGUGUUCUCCCUGGUUUCUUAUCCUUGCUCGUCUUCUCAAUAUGCAGUGGAGGUCAUUUCUAAGAAUGUCAGCUGGCGUAUAACUGUACUCUUCACUCUCCCAAUAGCUUCCUGUCACACAGAAUGAAGCCCAGGAUCUCUGCCACGACCUCCCAGACCCCCAGCUUUGCCCUAGGGACACUCACUUUGUGACCUUAGAUCACGGCAAAUUUAUUCCUAAGCCAGGCCCUCUUGCAUUUGCUUCCCGACCUCCACCUCCCACCCGACAUGCUUAGGCCUGUUAGUUUUUGUUUUAGGGCACGUGAAGGCAGACCUAGGGCCUCUCCACUGAGUUGCAUCCUUGGUCCCUCCCCAUUUUUUUAUUUUUUGAGACCCAGUCUCACUAGUCCCCAAGUUGUCCAGGCUGUAUCCAACUUGUGAUCCUCCUGCCACAGCAGCUGGGUGCUGGGAUUAGGCGGUGUCAAUGCACCCAGCUUCUGCUCUCAGGUCUCUGGGUCUCACCCACUGUCACUGGUUGGUGCUCUUCUUUGGUGCAGCCUUUCCUGGCUUACCUACCGCACUCAUAGCCCUCAUCACCGAGGUGUCUUUUGCUUGUGUGCUGGAGCUCCUCCUCCAAAAUGGAAAUCCCACAGGGCAAACUGUCUUGGCCACCUGUCUGUCCCAGUAUCAGAGCAGCACCUGGCACAUGGUGGCAGCUAGGUGCUUGCAGGGUGACCCUAACGUCCUCUU